GAAGAAGGGGAACGAGGAGAAGGUGAGGAAGAAUUUUUCCCGCCAUUUCUGCAAAACCAAAAGGAAGCCAUAAAGCGGCUGCACUUGCGCCAGUCUUCAGCACUUCUCCCUCCGGUCGCGCAGAGAGAAAGAGGGCCAUGGCGAAGACCCCAUCCAAAGCCAACCCUUCCCUCUUUGAUCCGUUCAAAAGCCCCAGCAUCUGUCCUUCCGACACCCCGAUUAAGUCCAAUCUUCGCCGAUCUCCAAGGCUCAAGACCCCGUUCCCCGAAUUUCCGGCUUCUCCACCUCAGCUUCAGGCAAAAGCGCUCCCAAUAUCUGUGGAAGAUGGUGAGAAGCGGGCCGAAGUUCCGGAUUUCGACCCUGUCUCUCCCAUCACUCCCGCUCUACCAGAGCAGAAAAAAAGGAAAAGAUCGAGCAAAGGGGAGGAGUCGCCCCCGAAGAAGAAGCCCACGUAUUCACCGAGAGGAAAGGCGGCGAAAGAUUUUGAGAAGAAACAAGCCAGAAGGAAGUUAGACGUGGACUUGGAUGGAAGGCAUGGCAGGGGAAUUUGCAAGGAGCGAAGCGCGAAAGUGGAACUGGUGGAUGGAACUCCCAGUAAGGAGAAGGCGACGCACAGGAGGGUGUAUUACCGGCGGGUUGUGUAUGACGGCGGUGACUUCACUGUGGGCGACGAUGUAUAUGUGAAAAGAAGGGAGGACGCAGAUUCGGAUGCUGAAGAUCCAGAGGUAGAGGAAUGCAGAAUUUGCUUUCAGGCGGGGAAGGGAGUGAUGAUUGAAUGUGAUGAUUGCCUGGGAGGGUUUCACAUUAAAUGCAUUCGGCCGAGGAUGAAGAAAGUACCAGAAGGCGAGUGGAUUUGCCGAGUUUGCGAUGCAAGGAAAAAAGGGGAAGCAGUGGAGCUGCCGAGGCCACCGGAUGGGAGGAAGCGAAGUAGAAGUGCAAGAGAGAAGCUUCUCUCUAGCGAUCUAUGGGCGGCCCGCAUCGAGGGCAUAUGGAGAGAUCCAGAUGGUACUUAUUGGUUUAAAGGUCGAUGGUAUCUAAUCCCUGAGGAGACAGCAAUAGGGAGGCAACCACAUAAUCUUCGACGCGAACUUUUCAGAACAAAUGAUUUUGAUGACAUACAGAUGGAGUCUGUCCUUAGGCAUUGCUAUGUCCUGGACCCUAUUGAAUUCUCAAAGGCCAAUAAUGAAGGGGAUGAUGUCUUCCUUUGUGAAUAUGAGUAUGAUGUCCAGUGGCAAGCCUUCAAGCGCAUAUCUGAGACUGAUACUGCUGAGGAGAAAGAUCAGAACAGUGAAGAUGAAUGGGAUUCCUCUGAUGAUUUGGCAUCUGAUGACGAAUGUGAAAAAGAUAAACGGAAAGGUUAUGCACUGCCAUCAACUGCUGGACAUAUGGACUCCAAAUCUCGAGUUUCUCAUAUGGCAGCGAACACAAGGAAGGGAAGAAUAUUUGGGCUUCAGCGAAUAGGGGCAAAAAGGAUUCCAGAUCAUGUGAGAAGCCACAAGCAGACUGAGAUAGAAAAGGCAAAAGCAACACUCCUGUUAGCAAGUUUGCCGACAUCACCGCCUUGUAGACUCAAAGAGAUGGAGGAGAUAACUGCAUUUGUUAAAGGAGCAAUAGGCGGAGGAAAGUGUCUUGGUCGUUGCCUAUACAUACAUGGCGUUCCUGGAACAGGCAAGACCAUGAGUGUACUUGCAGUGAUGAGAAAUCUGAAGUCUGAAGUUGACAGAGGGACAAUUCCAUCCUACCGAUUUGUAGAGAUUAAUGGCCUAAAAUUGGCAACUCCUGAGAACAUCUAUAGGGUCAUUUAUGAAGCUUUAAGUGGGCAUAGAGUUGGAUGGAAAAAAGCUCUUCAAUUGUUGAAUGACAGAUUCUCAGAGGGUCACAAAAGACAGAACGAAGAAACUCAGCCUUGUAUUCUGCUUAUAGAUGAACUGGAUCUUCUUGUUACACGCAAUCAAUCGAUACUAUACAAUAUACUUGAUUGGCCAACCAAAGCAGAUUCAAAGUUAAUUGUCAUUGGAAUAGCAAACACCAUGGAUCUGCCAGAAAAACUCCUUCCUCGUAUAUCAAGCCGUAUGGGUAUGCAAAGGCUAUGUUUUGGGCCAUAUACACACCAACAGCUGCAAGAAAUCAUAUCAUGCCGUCUUAAUGGCAUUAACGCAUUUGAAAAGCAAGCUAUUGAGUUCGCAGCACGAAAGGUUGCUGCUAUUUCUGGUGAUGCUAGACGUGCCUUGGAGCUUUGCAGACGUGCUGCUGAAUUAGCAGAUUAUAAUACAAAACAAAUUGGAUCUAAGGCAUCAUCAUGCAGUGAUAAGUCAUCUGCAGGAAAAGUGCUUAUUGGCAUGUCUGAAGUUGAAGCAGCUAUACAUGAAAUGUUCCAGGCACCACAUAUUCAGAUGAUAAAGAGAUGUUCAAAACUUAGCAAAAUCAUGCUGGUGGCCAUGGUUCUUGAGCUUUACAAGUCUGGAGUGGCUGAGAUCACCUUUGGAAAGCUUGCUUCAAUUGUUUCUACUCUUUGUGUAAGCAAUGGAGAGCCAUUCCCUGGUUGGGAUACUCUUCUCAGAAUCAGUUGCAAGCUUGGCGAAUGUCGCAUAAUACUUUGUGAAGUGGGUUAUCGACAUAGUUUACAGAAACUGCAGCUAAAUUUUCCAAGCGAUGAUGUUGCGUUUGCGCUUAAGGACUGUUCAGAGCUCCCUUGGGUGCACAAGUACUUCUAACAACCAAAUGUAAAAACAAAGAGAAUGUAUCAUUGAAUAUGUUUAGAAAUUGUUUUCAUUUGUCUUGAUAACUUAUGUUUAUUUGGUAAUGUUGGCGGUAUGUCUCAUCAGUUGGAUUACCUUCUAUUCGUUGUUCAUCAUUGUUGCCUUUUACCAUUGAAUUUUUGAACUGUUUCCUGAAGAGAGCUGAAAGAAUGAUUGACGGAAUUCCUUUUGGGCA